GGCUGAGGCUAUGGUCAGUGGGGUUAUCUUACUGAUUUAAGAAGACCAGUCACGGUGGUUUAACUUUGCAGUGGAGUCAUCAAUUGAGCUGAAACUCACUGACACAUUUCACAGAUAAUCCGAGCUUUUAGGUACUGAUGGUCUUGGCAGGAAGCUGGAGUUCAGUAUUCACUUCCCUGUCUGAAACAGUAAGCAACAACUUAUUGCUGUUAUCCAAAAAGAUCUGAAUAGAACAGGACUGCACAAGCUGCUGGUCAGCUGGCUAGUCAAAAGUAAGGACUGCCAAAAACACCUAUAUGAACUGCUUGACUCUUGAAGCAGCUCCAUAUAAGCUUGGUGCUCCCAUUUCCUUGGAAAUCUUGCAGCAAGGAAUACAGAAUUUAGGUACAAGAGAAAUAUUAGCAUUAGAAAUGUAGACACUUAAGGAAUUUGGAUGUCACCAGGUUUUACCGGAUUAAAGGGCAGAUCACUGGGAUGCAGGCCUCAACCAUUUUAACAAAGGCUUGGAAUCCUUCACAAGGUGGCUUCAGCACCCUGAAAGCUUCCUCUGAGUAGUUAGCUGCUGUUUUCAGGCUUUUUUUUAUGGAUCUGUGCUCUUGAGGGAUAGGCUGAAGGAAAACACAAAGUGAAGAGGAGGAUAGAGAGCCAAGUCUGAGGUGUUGCGAUGUUCAGCUCGAGGAGGAGCUGCCUUCUGUGGUAUUUGGUGUUCUCAUUUUGUUGCAGCAUUUUCACAAUAUUGGCAUAGUCUAUGAGAAGUUCUGAUCUUGAAGGGACAAGACAGGUGAACUCAGUAACUCUUGAAUAGCAGACUCUACUGCUUCAGGGAAAUUGUCAUGUUUCAACAUCACUGCAAUAGAUGCACUGGUGAUGUUUUCUAGUGCCCCCUUGUAAAUCCCAGAAAGUUCCUUUACUGCAGCAGUCUUGUCCUGCAGGGAGGUGAUAGGACCAGGAAUCUUAGCCACAAAGUGUGGCCGAUGCUUUCCUGUACAUCUUUGUCAUCUGUUUCCAUGGUGACUUGCAUAUCUCUCAAAGCAUUGACCAAGAGCUGCAGCUUUUCUUUAAUGCCGAAGUGUUCUUUCACAUGAUGGGGAAGCUGGUGCGAACUUGCACAUUGAAGAGUGAGAAUAUUGUGUUGGUUGAAGUGACAUAGACAUACAUUGCCAUGCAGAUUCCGGCAGACCCUGAACAGCCUUUUUUUAUUACUAUUAAAGCCAAGGUGGGUUAACGUUUCUGGAGUAGAAUCUGACUCUGAAAAGCAAACAGAAGUAAUACAGAAGAUGUUAAUACAGUGGAGUUGCAGGGGAAUAAAAGUGGAUAUAUUUUUGACUACAUUUCUGAAACCAAUUGUGCAAAUUACCAACCCACCUGACGCAUCCUUCUCCAAGACAUUAGUUAGAAGAAAACACAGAAAAAGCUCUUUGACAGCCUUUUCAGGAGUCUUACCAAGCAGGCCACUAAAAUGUGAUGUAAACAGCUGCAAGUGUCAUUACUCUUCUGGCUGCAGGAAUUAUGACUUUGACCUUCAGCAUGCAAUCUUUAAAGUAAGAGAAGUGCUGUAGAUGAAUUAUGCUUGUGUUUUGAUGUUUAUUGGUAAAUUUGUGUGAGUCCUAGACAACAAUCUACUUUACAUCAUCCUUAGAACUAUAAUCCUUCAGUUUGUAUAUACUGGUGGGUGUACACAGAAUUAAACUCAUAUUCUUGGGAGGAGGGAGUAAACACAGCAAAAUCAAAUGCAUGACAUUACAUUCAAGAGACAAAGCAAUUGAAGACUGAGUAAUUCAAUAUUUUGUCAGGCUACAGUGCUCUGAGAAGUGACCCUUAUCAGUCAGUUCAUACAGCAACUAGAUGAUGCAAGCAACCCUUGAUAGGUGGAAGCACAAAACAUUCUCCUUGCUUGGGGUCCCAUCUUGAUGCCAUUUAGUCUGCUAAGAAGUUAUGCCCUUCUGCUUGCACCUAAAAAUUCUCCCAAAGCCAACUGCAGAUACAGUCCUGGAAUAGCAUGCUGUUGUUUUUGCUUGAGCCAGACUUCUUUAAAGCCAGACUGGUUGCAGCUGGCACAGAUAUUGCUGUGGUUAGAUGUGCAGAUAGAUGUGUCUUAGCAGUUGCAACUUCCCAUCCCACUGUAUACUUUCAAAGACUUUUUUCUCAGAGCUCAGUUCAACCCUCUGCCUUUUCCUGCAUUUCUUUCCCAUGGCAAAAGUAGUCUGAUAUUUUGUGAAAUAACAAAAUUGAUUUUAGCCUCCACUGCUGUUCAGAGCUGGAUGUGGGUCUCUGCACCACUUCUUCCAUUCUCAUGGCACCAGAGACCUGGCAAAUUGCAGUAAAAAAGGGUGACAGACACUCCAAAUAAAGUCUUUCGCUCAAACUUAAUAGGCCUGAAACAAUAGCUAAUAAUUUUCCCUAAAGACUCGAAGUAAAGCAGAAACAAAACUGCUUGCAUACUUUUCAAAUUAUUUUCUGUCAUGUUCCAAGUGAUAGAGGCUCUAGAAGAGAAGAAUUUGCAUCCAUUGCAAACACUGAAGACAUGAAAUCAGUUUCCAGCCUAUAGAAUCAGACACAGAGGCAGUUACCAGCCAGAUCAAUUCAAUUCAAUUCAGUCCAAUAUCAGAAGAUAUUCAGGACUACAUGGCAUCCUCAGUUAAAAGAAUAGGAGUCACAAUUAAUUGACGAUUCCAGAAUUGUAGUAGUUAAAUCAUUUAAUGUUCUCUCUCAGCUCAUCUUCUCAUGCCUACAGCUCUGACAAGAGAGUUUGGCACUCUGUAUUCAUCUGGGUUGAAUACAGCAGCUCAGCUUUCAGAUGAAAUCAAGUUAGCAUCACAGAGUAUUCAUUAUAUGCUUGAUUUUAUGCUUUCAUCUGAGAACUCAACUAUUCUCUAGAGGGGAAGCAGUAUUCCUGACCAGACUCCUGUGGGCUGCAGGUCCACCUUUCUAAGGAUCAGAGCAUGAAAGAUGUUUUGUUUGGUUGAAGACAGAAUUACAGCCUCAUCUUGCUGGGACAGACAAAGCCUGUUUUCACUGCCUGUGGUAUCUAUUUUUCUGUUUUUGUGGGACUGUUCAACUUUUCUUCCAUAAUUCACAGAUAUAAAAAAACCAGUCAUUGUAAAAACUCAUUAUUUCAAGACAUAGUUGCAAACAUGAAUAUUUAUAUUUCUAAACAAUAGAAAUUUAUAAAUCCCAAUGAAAAACUUAAUCCUGUGUCUAUUUGAACAAAAAGUGCUGUCCUACACCUUUUGUGUUUUGAGAACAGAAAGUAACACCAUCCCCUUUCAGCCAUUUCUGUAGGUACUUGUGAGGGUACCUCUGUUAGGAGGGAUUUGUGCUGUACCUAUUCCCUCCAGGAACAGAAGGUCUCUGGAGGAUCUAACAAUUGGGAACUAGCUUUAAGUAAACUGAAUUCUGUUAAAAUUGGAAGGAAGGGGAAAGGAGGAAGAAAAAUAGAUGAAUCUGGGUAAACAUCACACAAUAGAAUUAAUGACAAGCAGGCAGGCAACAGGACGGAGCUGAAGCCCAGCCUCCGGAUCCCUAACUCAUCACAUGCUGCUGGAAAACACCAGACGAACACAGGGGAAAGAGGCUGAAGUUACUGUCCCAUACACAUUUCAUCAGGAGCAUUCAGACAAAAUCAGCUUGAAGAAAAAGAUGUGUUAAAGAGUUUAAUCUCUUGACAGAGCUACAAGUAGCCUUUUUCUGAAGAAUGGCAUUGAGCGAUCUUCUUUACCCAGACAAUCCCAAGAGAAAGCAAGAAUUGAUCCAUUUGCAUCAGAAAUUGCUUGAGUGCAUGUCCACAAAUUUCCGUGCAACAAAUGAGCUGGUUGGAGUGCUGAAUGAACACCUGGGCUGUACCAUUUCCCACAUUCAGAUGAGAGAGAGCAGCACUGUCAAGGAAAACUGUGACAUAAUCAUUCAAGUGAUGAGUGAGAUUCAGCAUCAGGUACAGAAGAUUGAUAGUGACAUGAAGGAAAAGCUCGAGCCAGUGCUGUACCAGAAGCUAUAUGAUAUCAAAGAGCCUGAAUUGGAGAAAAUUGCAAUAGCCCAGAGAGUUUUUUCCAUUAUUCUUGGAGAAGCAACUUCAACAGCUGGGAUGGUAGCUGUCAAACUUCUUGGCUCCAAUCUUCUAACUUUCACUGUGAGCAAGCUCAUCGGUCUCCUUGCACAGAUUGGGGCAUCUGUUCUUGGGGGAAUUAGCAUUACCAUUAUUGGCCUUGGCAUUGAAAUGAUCCUCCAUGCCAUCCUGGGAGCUGUGGAGAGGAAUGAGCUGCUGACAGCUGUGAGAAGCUACGAGAAGCACCUGGCUGAGUUUAAAGCAGCCUCAGAAAAGUACCAGCAUGCCAUACAUGAAGUGACUUCUUUGGUGAGACAACAAGUUCAGUGAAUGAAGUCAGAGUUCUCUCUUCUCCUGUGACAGUGGCUGCAGCAGCUAUGCCUGAAGUAACCUUUUUGAUUCAUUAUCGCAAAUGAACUAUUGAUGGCUUUUUUUUCUUAUUAGUGGCAGCAGAGCAAGAGAUGUGACAAUUUUGGGAACUGGCAAUGAAAUAUAUUAAUAGGAAACUGGCUUAUAGGUGUUUUUGGGAGGCAAUGUUUCAGAUACUUUGUACCUUUCCUUCACUAUUUUCUGGAAUGCAUUGUAGAUAGCCUUGAACUGUAAUUCAUACUAGUGGCAAUAAUACUCACUGCUGGAGCAGUGGUGGUGAGGAGGUGUGAUUUUUCUCUAUGUUUCUAUAUACAUAUACAUAUAUAUAUAUUUAUCAUAUACAACAUGAUGGGAGAAAACAAUUUCAACAAGGCAAUCCAUGCCAACGUCUGGAGGCUUCAUCAGGACAGCUGUGGUUGCCAAACUCUUAGUGUGGAUUAGUGCUAAAUCUGAUAGACUGGAUUCCCUGUUCACUGAACUACUUAUAAGGACUAGCUGAAUCAUAUUUAGCUCCUAUUUCCUGUCCCAUCCCUGCCUAAGGAGCCAGCCAGAGAUCUUUAAAUAAACUCUAAUCCCAGUAGAUUGGCAGGUAAGAGAAGCCUGGGCCAACAGGUACACACACACAACCUGGCCCCACAGCUGAGAGAAACCAGCUGCCACGUUCCAGGUGUGCCUGGCUGUGAAUAACCUCUUAUGCUUGUUAAUGCUCUGCUCCUACAAACUCACAGGUAAAAACUUCUUUGCAAAGCUGCUGUUUUGUUGAUUGAAAUGGAAUAAUACAAAUGUACAAGUGCCUGUAGGAUUGCAGCCCUAUUAAUGCACUGAAGUUAUUUUCGAAUGCUUUACCCAGUCCCACUAAUGUGAGACUGCCAAGAGUAUGCUCAGAUUCUUCAUUUCACAAUAUGCUACCAAAUGUCCUUAUUUUUUGGAUUUUAAAACAAAAGCUGGAAAGAAGAACAUGAUUUGUAGUCUCUUGCUCUGAUUUGCUGUGGAUUGCUUUCUUUUGAUUUUAGAAAAAAAAAGGUAAUUUAAGAUUUAAUAAAAAUGUGCAUAUUGUAAG